UUCGACGACUGGGUUGUCGGCCUCCGCGUUCUGGGUCCGCGUUAGAAUUCUGGACUGGACGGGAAAGCCGGAGCGGGAGUUGUAAGGGAUUCACCUUGAAAAUCUCGGGAGGCUGUGGGUUCGAGUGGGGAAUUGAUUAUUUUACUGCUGCUCUCCUUUCAACAUGAAGGAGGAUCAAGUUGUGCAGGAAGAAUCAGGAUUCCAAGAUGAGGAGGAAUCUUUGUUUCAAGACAUUGACCUGUUACAGAAACAUGGAAUUAACAUGGCUGAUAUUAAGAAACUGAAGUCUGUAGGAAUCUGUACCAUUAAAGGGAUACAAAUGACGACAAGAAGAGCCCUCUGCAAUGUCAAAGGCCUCUCAGAAGCCAAAGUGGAAAAGAUUAAAGAGGCAGCCAACAAGCUUAUUGAACCAGGAUUCUUAACUGCUUUUCAGUACAGCGAAAAGAGGAAGAUGGUUUUCCAUAUCACUACUGGGAGUCAGGAGUUUGAUAAAUUACUAGGAGGUGGCAUUGAAAGUAUGGCAAUUACAGAAACUUUUGGAGAAUUUCGUACUGGAAAAACUCAGCUGUCUCAUACCCUCUGUGUGACAGCUCAACUUCCAGGAGCAGGCGGCUACUCAGGAGGAAAGAUUAUCUUCAUUGAUACAGAAAAUACUUUCCGUCCAGAUCGCCUUCGGGACAUCGCUGAUCGCUUCAACGUAGACCAUGAUGCAGUACUGGACAAUGUGCUCUAUGCACGUGCCUAUACUAGUGAACAUCAGAUGGAGCUACUUGAUUAUGUAGCAGCCAAGUUUCACGAAGAAGCUGGCAUUUUCAAACUAUUGAUCAUUGACUCAAUAAUGGCACUUUUUCGAGUGGAUUUCAGUGGCCGUGGGGAAUUGGCUGAACGCCAGCAAAAAUUGGCCCAGAUGUUGUCUCGACUCCAAAAAAUCUCAGAAGAAUAUAAUGUUGCUGUUUUUGUGACCAAUCAAAUGACUGCAGAUCCUGGAGCAACUAUGACCUUUCAGGCUGAUCCUAAAAAACCCAUUGGUGGACACAUUCUGGCUCACGCUUCAACAACAAGAAUAAGCUUACGAAAGGGAAGAGGAGAACUGAGGAUUGCCAAGAUUUAUGACAGCCCUGAGAUGCCUGAAAAUGAAGCCACCUUCGCAAUAACCGCUGGAGGGAUUGGGGAUGCCAAGGAGUAGGUGGAGAAUUGGUACAGACUGCUUCUUGAUGCUUAUUAGGGGCUGGAGAAGUGGGACGAAGUCUUGAAUUUACAUCUUGAAAUAAGAGUUUGGUUUUUUUCCCCCAUGUGUUAUUAAAAGAAAGUCAGC